GAAAAAUACUAGUAUUGGUUUAGUUUUAAUCUGAUUUUAUUUCACAUAUGUAUUUACAUUUAAUAAAAAUUCAGAGUGAAAUGAAAUACAAUUCUCAUAAAAAGAUUAAUAAAAAAAAAAAACUUUAUUUACAAGUUUUGUUCACACUAAAACAUAAGCGUUCCUAAAAUAAUAUCCAGAACAUUUUUACUAACUCUUUGUUUGGUCACAUAGUUUUUAUAAGAAAAGAAAAGAAAAUGUAUAGAGGAAUUCGUUCUCCACCUGUUGACUCAGUUUCGUACACAAAUUUGGUGAGAAGUCAAACAUACACACGUAAAAGUUUUUAUACCCUAUAUUUCUUAUAUUUUGUUAUUUACUUUGACAUGUUCAUAACCAUUGAGAAUGGGUUGUUUUCGUAUUCAUUGCAGGUGGGAUUUAUUUUCAUAUUCAAUAUUAUUGUCGGAACUGGAGCGCUAACUCUGCCAGGAGUAUUUGCCAAAUCAGGAUGGUGUCUAAGCUUUGUUGUGUUAAUAUUAUUAGCUCUUGUAAGCUAUAUCACAGUAACAUUUGUUAUCGAAGCCAUGGCGGGUGCGAAUGCGAUAAAAAACUGGCAAAGUCUUCAAGCUUUACGUUACAAGCGCAAUUCAAAUGAAGAAGAUAAUGAAUUAUAUUGGAAUACAGAAAGCGAAACCGUUCCCUUGACAAUUCAGAAUAUGCAAUUUCAUUACUAUCAACUGACACAAAAGUUUGAAUUGGGUGAAAUGGCAAAAAUAUUUUUUAAUGAUUGCGGGCGUAUAUUGUUUUACCUAUGCUUUAUAAUUUACCUAUAUGGAGACUUGAGCAUAUAUUCCGCAGCGGUGGCUAGAAGUUUGCGUGAUGUGCUAUGCGAACAUGAUCAUUCAAAUAACUCGGAUAUCUCGAUUUCUGAAUUAAGCUCAAUGCGUUUGCUUGGCGGGUUGAAAGAUAAUGAUAACCGUACAUGCUGGAAAGAGCAUAAUGUAUCACGUCUAAUAGUGUACAGGAUCAUAUUGAUUGGAUUCACUAUGCUUUUUGGACCACUCGUUUUAUUCAGCAUACAGAAAACAAAGUAUUUGCAAAUGCUUACUGUUGUUUUUCGAUGGUUGGCGUUUAUUUUAAUGAUAUGCAUUGCUCUCAAAAUGCUCGUCAUUGAUGGGGUAAAAGGACAUCCAGUUGCCGUAAAUUUUUAUGGUAUUCCCUCAUUGUUUGGCGCCGGUGUUUACUCGUUCAUGUGCCACCAUUCGUUGCCCAGUUUAUUGGCACCAAUUAAACAUAAGUCAAUGGCUAAAAAAAUUCUUUCAUACGAUUACAUUUUAAUUUGUUCGUUUUAUAUAGUUCUGGCGAUUACAGGAAUAUUUGCAUUUGAGUACGUUGAAGAUCUGUAUACUUUGAAUUUUCUACCAUAUCACGCUACAUCUGAAAGUUUAUUUUCAAAUUUUUUAAUUGUUAUCGAUUAUUUCCUGUCUUUGUUUCCGGUAUUUACGUUAUCCACUAGUUAUCCACUUAUCGCUAUCACACUUAAAAACAAUCUUCAAACUUUGUUUUUGGACAUGUCCCAAUAUAAUUCGUAUAGCAUAUUGAUUCGAGCACUUUUCCCCUUUUUAUCUAUUCUUUUACCAUUUUGUAUAACAUAUUUCACUGAAAACCUAUCUAUCCUAGUGGUUAUUACGGGGAGCUAUGCUGGAGUAGGUAUACAAUAUGUCAUUCCUGUUUGCUUGGUCUAUUAUUCCCGUGUGACAUGUUCUGAACUACUAGGAAGUGGGAUUAAAAAUCAAUUUCAAAGUCCAUUUCAAUCAAAUAUAUGGCUAUUAAUGGUGUUAGCUUGGUCAGUAUUAUCCGUAUUCUUAGUGUCCAUUAAUUUGUUCAGGUAAUAACCUACACACAAUAUAUAAAACAUGAGUUUCAUUUUUAACAAAAUCGGCUGUGAAAUUUACUUAUCAAUAAAUAGAUUUGCUAACUUUGAUGUAUUAAUUAAAUAUUUGAUAAUAAUAGAAAUGAUAUUGAGACCAUUAAAAAUGUGAAUUUUGUA